GUACAACUUUACAAAAGCAUAAAUAAAAGGGGGGUUAUCAGCCGAUAUAUUUUUGUUUAUGUCCUAUAAUUCUCUUUUUCUUUUUUCUUUUAAAGCGAAAUAAAACUGCGUGGGAACAUGAAGACCAUUGAAAGCGAGUUAGGUGAUGAAAGAAUCCAGUAAUGAUCAAUUCUUUUUUCCAGCGGAACUGAACAACUUCUUGAACCUAGCGAAUAUUUUUUUCUUCUUUGUGUACUUACCACCAAAGAAAACGCCUUCUCUGCCCUAUAAUCAUCGACCCAUAAUUUAUCUAGCUCGUUUAUCAAUGCUGCUUAACCCACGGUAGAGCCCUACAAUAAAUGACUGUUUACGUACGUCUUAGAUAAACGAGAUCCCCUGAAUUAUGUUUCGAUUUAUUGACGGAAUUUUUUUUUAAAAAAGAUUUUUUUUUUAUAAAAAAAAGAAAAGAAAAAGUGUAGAGUGAAUUGUUUUCACCUAUUUAUUGCAGAUUGAUUGUUUUACUCUCUUAGACUUCGUUUGCUCGUUGAGUAAUUACUUACAGAAAGAUUCACAUCUGACAUUUGCCACGAGAAGACUAGUUAUCGUAACCUUCAGUUUGCUUACUGCUUUUGCCUAACUCUUCUAUCUUUAACAGGUAUUUCCGAAGUAACAGCCAUUACUGUUAAAAAAGUAAACAACUCCUUGUCAAAAAGACAUUUAAGGCAUCUUAUUUGUCUAUUUUUUAAACAAAUUUAUUGGCUUUUCGUGAUCGUUCCCCUCCUCCCUUUACAUAAAAGUCUUUUUUUUUUUUUUUUUUCGCUAAACUCUUUUGAAUUCGGUUUCAUUCUUUUCUUGUCUUGUCUUGCUUUGCUUGCUUAUCGCUUUCAAUUCUGUCCGUAAUUGAAAGGUUGAAUAAAUGACAAUCAUGGUGGAUUUCAAUUCUAAAUACUCAGUCGAAACCGAAUUGGUUCGCGUCGAAGGUAACCAAGAUCAGUACAAUGCUUCUUCUGUUCCUAUUUACCAAUCUGCUACUUUUCGACAGAAUAGGUUGGACGAAAUGGGCAAAUUCGAUUACACUCGUUCUGGUAACCCUACACGUACCGCCUUACAAGUUCACUUGGCCAAAUUAAUGAAGGCUAAGCAUUGCUUUGUCACUAGCAAUGGCAUGUCGGCCUUGGACAUGAUUCUCAAAACCUGCAAGGCUGGAUCUCACAUCGUCGCUGGUGACGAUCUUUACGGUGGCUCUGAUCGUUUACUGAACCUCAACAUUGCUACGUACGGAUUUCAUGUUUCGAAUGUGGAUACUUGUGAUCUCGCUGCUUUUGAGGCCGUUUUGCGACCUGAUACUGCUCUGGUUUUAAUCGAAAGUCCAACAAAUCCUCUCAUUAAAAUCUGCGAUGUUCGUGCUAUCGUCAAGAUUGUUCGCGAAAAGGCGAAAAAUGCCGUGUUGGUUAUGGAUAAUACUAUGCUUUCUCCCAUCCUUUGUAAUCCUUUAGAUUUCGGCUUUGAUAUUGUUUAUGAGUCUGCUACCAAGUUCCUUUCUGGUCAUCAUGAUAUGAUGGGAGGUGCUAUUGCAAUGAGAAGUGAUGAAUUAGCUAAGGCAGUCUUCUUUAACAUCAAUGCUUGUGGUGCUGGCUUGGCUCCAUUUGAAAGCUUCCUUUUACUUCGUGGUAUCAAAACCAUGGGUAUCAGAGUCGAACGCGCCCAGCAAAAUGCCAUUGAGCUUGCAAAAUUUUUGAAAUCUAAGGGGUUUUCUGUCAACUUUCCGGGAUUAGAUCCUAACUGUAAGUCUACCGUCAUCUUCAACUCUUUUGCUCGUGGCCCAGGUGCUGUCAUGUCUAUUCAUACUGGUAGCGUAGAGCUUUCCAAGACCCUUGUUGAGAGUACGGAGCUUUUUGAAAUAUCCGUUUCAUUCGGUUCUGUUGAAUCUUUAAUUAGUAUGCCUGCUUACAUGAGUCAUGCUUCCAUUAAAAAGGAGGUUCGUGAUCAACGUGGUUUACCUGAAGAUUUGAUCCGUAUUAGCGUCGGUAUUGAAGAUAUUGAGGAUUUAAAAGCUGAUUUUGAGAAUGCAAUAACCAUUGCCAAGUUCAAAAAGUUGUGAAUCAAUCACGUCUAGACCGUAUACUUUGUAAAACAAGUUUCCUGUCGUGUUUGUUUAUAAUUUUCACUCUUAAUUUAAUUACUUUAGAACAUGUCGUUAACAUUAUGUUGUAUAUAUUAUGUAUAUGACUCCUAUUAUUUUUCCUUUUUCCUCUUCUAGUUUAUCAAAAUCCUUUUCAAAAUUUAGUGUAACAUUCAAACAUUUUUUAAAUUAAUAAUGUU